ACAAUCAGUCCUCAUCAACUGAAGUGAACGCCAGCAAACAAUGAACAAGUGCAGUUGAGCAAAUGUUAUUGAGCUAUAGGAUUAUUUGGCCUUUGUUUUAACACACAAAGAACACUUUCAAAAUGCCUUGGGAUUUCCUGAAUUACUAUCAAUAAUGAUUCACUUCAGAGUACAUUACAAGUAUAUAAGAGACAGACAUACUGUGGAUGUCUAUGAACUUGUUUUAGCUCAAAACUGCUCCACGUGAAAGCUCUAUUCAACAGAAUAAUGAAGAUCUUGCUGGUGGCUCUUGUUCUUGCCCUGGUGUUGGCAGAUGGAUCUGCCUUGAAAUGCAACCACUGUGUUCCUCUGUCUGGAACUCGUUGCACUCCAUCGCAAGAGACCUGUGGCUUUGGAAAAGAUGCCUGCAUAUCUGCUAGAUUUAUGUUCUCUCCCUUCACUGGCUUUCGGAGAUGCAGCAGUACGACUGAGUGUCUGAUUCUUCAGAGCAGCACUGCCAUGAAAACCAAAUGCUGCCAGACGGACCUCUGCAAUAAUGUUGUCAUUUAGAUCCAGUUCUCUUUAUAAAGCAGACAAUGAGGGAGAAAUAUAUUGUUUACUGUAACAUAGAUGUUUAAGACUUUCUCGUUCUUGUUUAAUAUAGAUUUUGUCAAACAAUAAAAGUCACAGUCCACAACAUGUGUUAUUGAUAUUUGUGAUUCAUUUCAGCAUUUACUGCAAUUGUUGAAUGAAUGAAGGUUAUAAUAAUUGCCACAUAUAUUGGCAAAUUGUUACUUCAUAACAAUAUUUCCCAAAUGUGAAAAAUUAGCCACAAAGUUAAGCAUUUCCAUACACAUCCUACAUUAUUAUGUCAAA